CUGUGAGGUUUCUGACAGACUUUGUGUGAAUCAGGGUCUCGGGAAGACGGGACAUUGGGAAGCUCAGGAUGUCUGUCUCAAGAGGAGUUAUCAGAACAGGCUUCUCAGGCCCAGGAUCUUGAGAGACUGGCUCAGCUCUGCAUCAUGAGCAAGAGACCCCAUCUUGCUUUAGAAUACAGUGGCAAGGCCACUAAAAUCCACCAGCGGGCUUUUGGUAAUGACCACCCCAUCACAGCCCGGAGUCUGGAGCUGCUAGCCACUGUCUAUGCUGAGAUUGGCAAAACAGAAUAUACAAAUUCAUUGGGAGAGUGUGUGUCAACUCUUUCCAAGAGGUUCUCAGCCAGCGAGUCAUUUAGCGACGCUCUGAGUGGCAUUUCUCAUAGCCAUAAGGACAGACACUCUGAGUUACGGCACAGAAAACAGCCAUAUAUACAACAGGAAACUCUUAAAACUAAGGUCAUAAAUGAAAAACUGCCCACCUCUAUCCUGAAAAGGUCCAACGUGAGCAAUGUAGAGUCAGACUCUUCGCGCAGGAGAAAAAACGAGAGGCGAGUUCGCUUCAGAGAGCCAGAGAUCACUGUUCAUGACAUUCCGUACUAUGACUGUUUAGGAGUGUACGACACCCCCCAGAGCCAUUUGCACCUGGCCUUGCUCACCUGCCUGUUCCUGCUGCUGUCUGCGCUGGGUCUGGCACUGUACUGCACGGACCGCCGAAGACCCCAGCGUGCCUGCGAGGAGCUGCAGACGGCACUGGCUGUGUACCUGCUUCAAUUCAAACAGAUUGUUUGGGCCUGCUGGAUCUGGCUGACCAUGCAAUGACCAUAACCGACCACAGAGGGCAGCAACAAGCAGAAGAAAAAAAACCACGAAAGGUCAGAAUGGUUUUAAAGGACUGUGGAGGAAAUAAAAGGGUCCUUGUUUUUUUUUUAUUGCUUUAUUUUCACUGUUAUAUAUUCAGACUGGUCACCAGUUAAAGUUUUUGAGGAUGUUCAACAUCCACCUCUUUUAUUUUGUAGUUGAUUGAAGGCCACGCCAUUAAGCGAUGGUGUGCUUUUUUGCCCUUUAUGGUGGCAUAUCCAUUGCCACAACCUCAUUAUACUGAGUCAUAUAUAAUCAGAAAUCUGUAUAUGUAGCUAUUUGUCCUUGUAUAACUUUUCUGGGCGAUUAUGUUUUAAAGCAUCUGUUAGUCCUUUUCCAAAUAAUACUUGUGCAGCAAUAGUAAUUAAACCCUUUAUCAAUCAGAAUUAUACAGGACUGUCAAAACAGAACACGAAUGAAUGAAUUCCGUCUAUAACAGUUAGAACCCGACUGAUAUAUUGGUACUGUAGGUCAAUAUUAUCAUGCGACCUGUUUUGGACUUUAAUAAGCAAUACUGAAAAGAACGACAUGUAACGGUGAGUAGGCCUACAUGCAUAAUGCCAUGUUUACUGUCACAAAUAGUUAUAUUUUAACCCUUAAAUGCAUGAAUGUUUAAUCGAUCUUUAUUACCGGGUCUUUAGUAACCCGAAACUAUAUCUUACACGGAUAGAUCUCCAACUGCUGCAAUCGCAUAAAACUCUCCUGAUAUUUUAAUAACAAUUACAAAAUAAUUGUUUUCUCAUUUCCCGAGUACAUUCAGCUGUGUCUUUUUCACGAACAUAUUCUCAUAACUAUCAUUUU